AGCCGGAUAAUCAUCAAUACUCAAUCAUGAACGCUAAGGUGAUUAUUUUUCUGGCCCUCGCCGGCGUCGCUUUUGGCGUGACGACCGAAGACGCGAAGCAGAAGCGCGACCUUUACAACUACGGCUACCACCCUGCCGCCCUCGACCACUACAACGGCUACCCCUACAACACGUACAACACGUACAACCCCUACGCCUCGUACAACCCUUACGGCCUCGCGUACAACCCUUACAACGGCCUGCCCAACAGGUUCGCCAGCCCCUGGAACUCUGGCGCCGUCGCGCCCCUCGGCGCGCCCUGGGGAGCUGCCGCCCUCGCCGCCCCCGCCAUCAUCCCCUCCACGCGUCCCGCCCUCCUCGGCUGAACACCAAAUUCAGCAAUGAUCGCUGACAAAAGUUUCAUCAACCUCAUAAAUCAUUUGAAUUUCAAAAUGUAUAAAUUAUGAUAUAAAUAAAAAUUAAAAAAAUGAGCACAGUAA